CGUGACCUGAGGCGCACAGAAAGCUCCAGCACUGCCAGACUGCUGUCAUACUCCACUCUCCACUCUCCAGCACUGCGUGCGCGGAUGACUCUCUCCACAGCAGCACACAGAAGAAGCACAGACCUCCGCAGCGUCAAGCGCACUAUGCGUCUCCUCAGCUCUCCUCCUCACAUCUCCAGGCAGUAGAUCGCUCCUCGACUCCUCCAGCAGACGCGACCAUGGCUGAAGAGGACAGCGCGAACUUCAGCGUGUUGAGCUGGGAGCAGGUCCAGCGGCUGGACCUCAUCCUGACCGAGAGCAUCCCGAUCCACGGCCGAGGAAACUUCCCGACGCUGCAGAUGAAGCCGCGGCAGAUCGUGACGGCGGUGCGGAGCCGCAUGCGGGAGCAGCGCAUCCAUGUGCGGGACGUGCGUCUCAACGGGUCCGCCGCCAGCCACGUCCUGCACGGGGACAGCGGGCUCGGCUAUAAGGACCUGGACCUCAUAUUCUGCGUGGACCUGAAGGGAGAGACGGAGUUUCAGAUCGUCAAGAACAUAGUGCUGGACUGUCUGCUGGACUUCUUACCUGAUGGGGUCAAUAAAAAGAAAAUCACUCCGCUGACCCUGAAGGAAGCAUAUGUGCAAAAGAUGGUGAAAGUGUGCAAUGAUUCGGACCGCUGGAGUCUCAUCUCUCUUUCCAACAACCGGGGCAAAAACGUGGAGCUCAAGUUCGUGGACUCCUUGCGCCGGCAGUUCGAGUUUAGCGUCGAUUCUUUCCAGAUUAAGCUCGACUCUCUGCUGCUUUUCUACGAGUGCUCGGAGAACCCCAUGGCCAAAACGUUUCACCCCACCAUCAUCGGCGAGAGCGUGUACGGAGACUUUGCCACGGCGCUGGACCACUUGCGCAACAAGGUGAUCUGCACGAGGAACCCUGAGGAGAUCCGAGGAGGCGGCCUCCUGAAAUACUGCCAUCUUCUGGUCAGGGGUUUCCGAGCCGCCUCCGAGUCGGAGAUGAAGUUUUUCCAGCGCUACAUGUGCUCCCGCUUCUUCAUCGACUUCUCGGACAUCAGCGAACAACAGCGCAAGCUGGAGUCUUACCUUCAGAACCACUUUGUGGGCUUGGAGGACCGCAAGUACGAUUAUCUGACGACGCUUCACGGGGUAGUGAACGAGAGCACGGUGUGUCUGAUGGGACACGAGCGGCGGCAGAUCUUAGGGCUGAUCGCCAUGCUAGCGGUGCGUGUGUUGGCCGAGCAGAACGUCAUACCCAACGUGGCCAACGUCACUUGCUAUUACCAGCCCGCCCCUUAUGUAUCAGACGGUAACUUUAGCAAUUAUUACAUUGCCCAAGUCCAGCCAGUCUUUACCUGCCAUCAGCAAACCUACUCCACGUGGCUGCCGUGCAACUGAACGCCAAACAGAUGAGCUGAAUCAUUGCAUUGUUAAAUCUGUUUCGCAAUUGACCCUGAGUGUUACCGUCCACUUCCCCAAUGUGCAUUGAUGCUUGAGUGAAAUUAAUGGGGCUUGUCUGUUAUCUCAAAUGAGUUUGGAAGGCAACUUCUGCUCUGCCUUGCCUAAUUCUCGGUCGAUCUUGAGGUUUUACACUUGCUAACAGUUCUCAUGUGUGUUUCUGACUGGUUGACACAUUGAAUCCCAGUCGUUAGAUGCAUGAGAAGGGAAGUGUGAGGUUUUGGAAAGCUGCGGUUGCACCCUUUAGUCCAAAUGGAAACUGAUGUAUUGCUAAGAACCUUUUACAAAGAUUCUCUGAAUGAGGGGAAGCAGUCAAAAACCAACAAUUACAGUUUGUACAAACCAAAGAUGUUAAGAUUGUAUUUUUAUACUACCCAGACUAUCAGCAGAUGUGAUAGUGCUGUCUAUAUUUGUACAUGUGAAUGCAUUCAAAGUGCCUAACACCAAUGCAGUAUGCUGAGAUGAGCAAAGCAACCUCAAAAUCGCGAAACACGACAAAGAGACUAAAAGCUUGUGAAUGUACAUGAUGUGUCCUGAUUUACAAAACAAGCGUAAGUGUCAUAUUUGUUUGCAGUUCAGUCUCUGUCUAUUAAUUGAACUCUUCAUAGUUUCUGGGCAGCAUCCACAGCUUUGAGAAGCCAUCUUUAAGUUCAGUCGACAUUUGAGCCGGCUUUACAGCAAACCGUAUGAUCCAGGUGAGAGUUGAAAGCACAUGCGGUCCGAAAACAAAGAAAACGCUUGUUUUGCGGGCGAGAGCAAAGUUUGUUUCCGGACUUUCUAGAUGAAAGGUGUUUGCAGAAGCACCUCUGAUAGUGGGACGCUGUUUGCUGUAACAUCCGAGCAGGGAAUUCGACAGCUCCUGCUGAAGUAAAACCCGCUGUGUUCCUACUCUCCCGUCACAGCUGCUCCGCCGGCUGAUCCUGACCCUGCGUUCCCCCGCUGUUAACAGAGUGUUAACUUGUUCUUGAUUAAUAGUGCUGCGGAAGGAAGCAGGAGGGGCCGUGGCAUAUAUGUUUAGACUUGACAAAGAAUCUUGAGAGGAGAGGGAAGAGGAAAGCGAGACGCAGACGAGAGCGAGGGAGGGAGGGAGGGCUGGAGAGAUGGGUGCAGCUGGUGAAGGGGUUUAUCUCCUUCGACAAAUGUCUUUUAAUCAACACAGCUUCUUUCAUUACUAUGGUCAAUUUGGCUUAACAGACUCGAGGAUUUAAUAGGACUGAGAAGCACAGAUCAGUUUGCUUCACUGGAAUGCAAACUUUGCAGUCGAGUUUCCAAUAUUCCUCAUAUCACAGCAUGCAGCUGAAGUGUGCUCAAUUGGAGACAAUUUGGCAUUAUAAUGAUGAAAUAAGCUUGCGUUUGCAAUGCAUAACAUGGAAUUCUGAUUAUUUUUCUGAAUGAGAUUUUAAAAGGGUCAUAUCAUACUUUUUAUUGAGGUCCACUCAAUAUUUUAGCUUCUCAUUUGAACUGUUUUUCAACCACUUCCUGAUCUUUAGAUGCGAAAUACCUCUAAAAAACACAAACCCUGUGCUUUGUGCAGCUUGUGCACAAGAUUUGGGUUAGCUGUCAGGUCCAGUGUUCAUUUAUCUGUCUGACUUUUGUAAUGGCAUAUUCUUCGUGAGUUUCCGAUCACACAGUGGACAUCACUGAUGUGUGAAUAAUGUAUUCAUCUGUCUGUUAUAAGAAAUUUGCGGAUGUUUAGUCUGAAUAAAUAUUCUUUUUGGACUGGGAAGCAAGUUUUGAUUUCUAAAAUCAAAAAGUAUGUUAAAAGUAUGUUUAUUUCCAAAUGUAUUUGUCGGCCGAAUCCCUUUGAACUAAAAUAUUUACUUUAAAAGGUACAUUCCUGAGAUUUUAAAUUAAUAUUUUAAUAAUUACAACAAUAUUAACAACACAGUUGUAUGUUCACGGUUCUCUGAUGUUGGUCACAUGACAUGCAGCUAAACAAAUACAAACUAAACAGUGCUUUGAAUUAUUUUAAUUGAACAAAAAUAGAUGACUUCUAUAGGAGCAAAUCAUAUUUUAAUACACCGUUUUGGUCAUGCAACCUUUUUCAAAAGUUAUUCAGGAUUCCUCUGCUUUUUGUUAAGACUCUUACUUUACUUUAUUCCUGCACUCCUGCUUAUAUGACUUACUAGGAGCUGCGGUGGUAUUUUUAAUGUUAUUUUAUUUUAAAAUAAUUUGUUUUGAUUUAGAAAUGAUUUAUUUAUUAAUUAUUAGCUUCUUGUGAAUGCCAGAUAAGGAAACCCUAAUAUAGUACAUCUAAAAGAUGAAGCAAAAUGUGAUUCUUCAUAAUAUGGCCCUUUUAAACAACACCGAUGGAUGCAUUUCUAAAGAAAUUAAGACACGGCUGUUGCAGUGAUUGACAUCCAGCAGAAUCUGCAUUAGCAUUUGUUUUUAAUCAAUGUGAUCUGCGGUGUUCUUAAAGACUGAUUCUGUGCUGAUCAUGACGUCUCACCUCUUUUAGUAUUUUACAUGUCUGUGGUUCUCACUCGCCCUCCUGUUUGUCUUAACAUUUUGACGGUAUCCUGUGGAUUUUGCUGGCAGCAGGAUGUUGGACUCGCUCUGUGAAGUUUGAGUUACUUUCUUGGCAUUUUUGGAUGAUGCCAAAUGCUUAGUGUUCAAAUGUCUUGUAAAAAAACAACAGCAACACAUUUUUGGGACAGACACACAUUAUGCUUGUUUUUCUUAGUUAUUGUAUCAGUGAAUUUAAUUGUCAUUCUGCUUUGAAAUCUUUGUUUAAGCUGCUAAAUGUCAUUUUUUUAACUGCUUAUUUUGUGCAUAAUUUUUGUGUUCAA